GAAGCCUCAAAGUAAAUGAUAUAUUGGGUGAUGUCAAUAAAAUGUGGGCUUUAAAAGCAGUGUGUUGGUGUGGCUCUUUCCAUCCAGCUGCCAUGAAACUGGUUGUGCUUGCACUGACUCUAGCCCUUGUGGCGAGUCAACAUGUGAACCUUGCUCCUGAGUUUGCUGCCGCUAAGACCUAUGUGUACAAAUAUGAGGCACUGCUCCUGGGCGGUCUCCCUGUGGAAGGUCUGGCCAGAGCAGGACUGAAAGUCAGCAGCAAGGUUCUCAUCAGUGCUUUGGCUGAGAACACCUACUUGCUGAAGCUCUUGGAUCCUGAAAUCUUCGAGUACAGUGGUGUCUGGCCAAAGGACCCCUUCGUUCCAGCCACCAAGCUCACCUCAGCAUUGGGUGCUCAGCUUCUGAUUCCCAUCAAGUUUGAGUACGCUAAUGGUGUGGUCGGUAAGGUGUUUGCCCCAGCCGGAGUCUCCACUACAGUGCUGAAUGUCCACAGAGGUAUCCUCAACAUUCUUCAGCUCAACCUCAAGAAGACCCAGAAUGUUUAUGAACUGCAAGAGGCUGGAGUUCAGGGAGUGUGCAAGACCCACUACAUCAUCAGUGAGGAUGUCAAGGCAGAGCGCAUUGUUGUCACCAAGUCCAAGGAUCUCAACAACUGCCAGGAGAGGAUCAUCAAGGAUUUGGGCCUGGCUUACUUGGAAACACUGAAAGCAAACAGCCUGACUGGAGCAGCAACCUACAGCUACAUCAUGAAACCAAGCGCCACUGGUGCUCUGAUCACUGAAGCUACAGUCCGGGAACUUCAUCAGGUCACACCUGUUGCUGAGAUGGGUGGAGUUGCACAGAUGGAAGCCAAACAAAGUCUGACCUUCCUGGAGCUUGAGAAAACCCCCAUUGUGCCCAUCAAGGCAGAUUAUGUGGCCCGCGGAUCCCUGCUCUACGAGUUUGCCACUGAAAUUCUUCAGACUCCAAUUCAGCUCCUGAGGAUUAGCGAUGCUCAGGCUCAGAUUGUGGAGAUUCUGCACCAUCUGGUUGCAAACAAUGUGGCUAAGGUCCAUGAGGAUGCUCCUCUGAAGUUCAUCCAGCUGAUCCAGGUGUUGCGUGUGGCCAGCUUGGAGAACAUUGAAGCCAUCUGGAGUCAGUUUAAGGCCAGACCAGAAUACAGACGUUGGAUUCUGGAUGUCAUUCCUGUGGUUGGAACACCAGUCGCUGUGAGGUUCAUCAAGGAGAAGUUCCUGGCUGAUGACAUCACCAUUCCCGAAACAGUUCAAGUUCUUUUGGCUGCUGUGCAUAUGGUUCCUGCUGAUAUGGAGAUCAUCAGACUCACCUCUACACUGGCUCUCCACCACAAGGUUCAGGCAAACAUUGUUCUGCGUGAGAUUGCUAUGCUGGGUUAUGGCACCAUGAUUGCCAAGUACUGUGCUGCAGUUCCUACUUGCCCAGCUGAACUCCUGAAGCCCAUCCAUGAGCUUGCAGCUGAGGCUAUUGCUAAGGCUGAUAUUGCUGAAAUCACCCUGCUGGUCAAAGUUAUGGGUAACGCUGGCCAUCCUGCCAGUCUUAAACCAAUCAUGAAGAUCCUCCCUGGAUUUGGCUCUGCAGCUGCUGCUCUCCCCAUCAGAGUUCAAGUCGACGCCAUCUUGGCUCUCAGAAGCAUUGCUAAGAAGGAACCUAAAUUGAUUCAGCCAGUGGCCCUGCAGCUGUUCAUGGACAAGGCUCUUCACCCUGAAUUGCGUAUGGUGGCUGCUGUGGUACUGUUUGAGACCAAACCCACAGUUGCACUGGUAUCUACUAUUGCUAGCGUUCUGAAGAAGGAGACCAGCAUGCAGAUCGUCAGCUUUGUGUAUUCCUACAUCAGAUCCCUCACCAGGAGCACUGCCCCAGACUACGCCACUGUUGCUGCUGCCAGCAAUAUUGCCAUCAAGAUCUUGAGCCCCAAACUGGACAGACUGAGCUACCGUUUCAGCAAAGCAAUCCACCUUGAUAUCUACAGAAGUUCCAUGAUGGCUGGUGCUGCUGGUAGUGUUUUCAUCAUCAACGAUGGUGCCACCAUUCUGCCCACAGCCGUUGUGGUCAAAGCUCGUGCCUAUCUUGCUGGAGCUGCUGCUGAUGUUCUUGAGGUUGGAGUUAGAACUGAGGGAAUUCAGGAGGCCCUUCUGAAAACUCGUGCUUUACAAGAUCUGGAGGAUGACAGGCUCACCAAGAUGAAGCGCGUCAUGAAAGCAAUUGCUGAAUGGAAGGUCUUGCCAAAGAGCCAGCCACUGGCAUCCAUCUAUGUCAAAUUCUUUGGACAGGAGAUUGCCUUUGCAAACAUUGACAAAGCUAUUGUCGAUCAAGCAGUUCAGCUUUCCACUAGUGCCGAUGCCAAGCUCCUGCUGAAGGAUGCCCUGAAAGCACUGCAGAGUGGCAUUUCAGUUCAGGCCGCUAAGCCUCUUCUGGCUGCUGAGAUUCGUCGCAUCUUCCCCACUGCUGUUGGUGUGCCAAUGGAGCUCAGUCUCUACUCUGCUGCUGUUGCUGCUGCCACCAUUAAAGUUCAGGCAAUCAUCACCCCACCUCUACCUGAACUCAGUGCUGUCACUGCUGCUGAGCUUAUGAAACUAGACAUUAAGUUGUUGGCUGAGGCCACUCCAAGCAUCGCUGUGGAAACAUACGCUGUGAUGGGAAUCAACACUGCCUUCAUUCAGGCUGCUGUCAUGGCUAGAGCCAAGGCCCUCGCUGUGCUGCCCGCUAAACUGGAAGCAAGAGCAGAUAUUCCCAAACUGAACUUCAAGAUUGAGGUUCUCCCUGUCGUGACACCAGAGCACAUUGCUAAAAUCCGUGUUGAGACCCUGGCUUUCGCCCGCAAUAUUGAGGAUCUUGCAGCUGAAAGAAUCACACCAAUGGUACCAGUUAUUGCUGCACAACGGAUGUCUAUUGAUCGUAGUUUGUCUUCUGAGAUUUCCUACGAGGCAUCAUCUGAAGUACAACCUCAGUUGAGAGCAGGAACACCAAUCCACAAGAUCAUUUGUGUCCCAGCUCCCCUUCUGGGAAUCAAAGGAUGCUUUGAACUCACCUCUAGCAAUGCUGCUCUCAUCAAGGACAUUCCUCUGCUUAACCUGAUCGGAGAGCAUGCAGCUCUUCUUGCUGUGAAACCAGCUGAUGGCCCAGCCAUUGAGAGACUGGAGGUUGAAGUACAAGUUGGAGCCAAGGCUGCAGAGAAGCUCCUGAAGGAGAUCAACAUUAUUGACGAGCUGAGCCCUGAGGGAAGAACCAUCAUUACUAAACUGAAGAAGAUCCUUGAGCCUGCUCUGAAGAGCUCCAGCUCCAGCUCCAGCUCAAGCAGCCUCCUCAGCUCCUUGUUCAGCUCCUCCAGCUCUUCCAGCUUCUAUAGCUCCAGCAUGUCAAAGGUUUCACUUAAGGAGUAUCCUUUCAAGAAAUUCCACAAGAAUCAGUACCUGGUCUCUCAGAGAAUCUCCGCUCAGAAUCUCAGAAGCAGUGGAAGCAGUGCAUCCAGCUUUGAGGCCAUUUACAAACAGACUAAGUUCCUUGGUAAUGCCGUCGCUCCUGCUGUGGUGGUCAUCCUCCGUGCUGUGAGAGCCGACCAGAAGUUGCUGGGAUACCAGGCUGCUGCCUAUCUUGAUAAGGCCAACAGCAGGGUGCAGACCAUCAUCUCUGCUCUGGCUGAAACUGACAACUGGAAGUUGUGUGCUGAUGGUGUCCUCCUGAGCAAACACAAAGUCAUGGCUAAGGUUGCCUUUGGAGCAGAGUGCCAGGAAUUUGCCACCAUCUUGAAGGCUGAGGCUGGUCUCCUUGGUGCUAUCCCUGCAGCCCGUCUGGAGGUGGAAUGGGUGAAGAUCCCUGCUAUUGUCACUACCUAUGCAACCAGGCUGGCUAAGUACAUCCCUGGUGCUGCUUUGAUGGCCGGAAUCACUGUCAGUAAAGCCAAGAACAUUGAAAAAGAAUUGGAACUGACUGUUGCCAUCCCCACCGAGAGGACAGUCGAUGUCAUUGUGAAACUGCCACUGAUGACUCUUUCCAAACUGGCCCUGCCUCUGCCCAUUGCCCUGCCUAUUGGUGCUGACGCUGUUAUCCGCGCCAUUCCCGAGGACAACAUUCUUGACCAGUUGCAUUUCCUGUAUGCAGAGGCUACCUCAGCUCAGUGUAGCAUGGUCCGAGACACACUGACCACAUUCAACAACAGAAGGUUAAAGAAUGAGAUGCCACUCUCCUGCUCCCAAGUGUUGGCUCAGGACUGCACAUCAGAGCUUAAAUUCAUGGUCCUGCUGAAGAAAGAUGAGCUCAGUGAACAGAACCACAUCAACGUGAAGAUUGCUGAUAUGGAUGUUGACCUGUUCCCCACUGGAAGUGAUGUACUGGUAAAGGUUAACGGAAUGGAGGUUCCUAUUUCCAGCCUUCCCUACCAACAUCCCUCAGGCUCCAUCCAGAUCAGACAGAAAGCUCAGGGCCUAGUACUUCAUGCUCCUAGCCUUGGUCUUCAGGAGGUUUACUUCAGCAAGGACACAUCGAGGGUUAAUGUUGUGGACUGGAUGAAGGGACAGACUUGUGGUCUCUGUGGUAAAGCCGACGGAGAGAUCAAACAGGAGUAUUCCACCCCAAGUGGUUACCAGACCAAGAGCCCUGCCAGCUUCGCCCACUCCUGGGUGCUUCCUGCCGAGGGCUGCCGUGACAGCACUCAGUGCCGUCUGAAGCAUGAAUCUGUGAAACUGGAGAAGCAGAUGAUUGUGGAUGGACAGGAGUCUAAAUGCUACUCUGUUGAGCCAGUGCUGCGCUGUCUGCCUGGUUGCCUGCCAGUGAAGACCAUGCCAGUCACCAUCGGAUUCCACUGUCUGCCCACUGGUUCAAGCUCUGUGGAUCUGAGCAACAUCUCUGGUAAGAGUGUGGACCUAAGGGAGACUGCAGAGGCCCAUAUGGCAUGCCAGUGCAAUGCCCAUUGCGCAUAGAAUGUUUUAAAUUCCGGUCCAUAUAUUUGUUAAUUACCUAUCCCUGUCAUUAAAUGUCUUAAUGAUAAAUCCCAUGUAUGCCACUGAAUUUUAAAAUAAAGACAUAUUGAG